UUUAGUUCGGCUGUGUCAGUGUUUAACAUUGCAAAGUGGAAGUUUUGUUUUUCUUUUUUAUAGAUAAAGAAAACAAAAAAGAACAUUUUAUUAAAACUACUAAAGUUGUGUUUUAUUUAAUAAUUUAACUAUUAAUCGUUUAUAAUUUAAAGAUGAUUUCACUUGAUUUGGAGGAGAAAGAUGAUAAUAAUGUUGUGGCCGAUAAAAUAAAGAAUAUAAAAAAGAAUUUAAAUUUUAAAAAGAAAUUAAUCUUGCAAGUUCGUAAACAUCGUUUGUUAUAUGAUAACAAAAGUAAAUUUUUCUCAAAUGUUGCUAAGAAAGAAUUGGUUUGGCAACAAAUUGCUAGCGAGUUAAAAUCUAAUGCUGAUGACUGUAAAAGUACUUGGUUUGAUUUACGUUAUGGCUAUCAACGUCAUGCUAGACGUCUACACAACUUUUUCAUAACUGGUCAGAAAGAAAAUCGUAAACGGCCCGCUAUGUACUUGGAAUCCGAACUUAUGUUUCUAUGGAGAUUUAUAGGAAUCAAAAAAUCAUGUAAUUUAGAUUUUGAAAUUUCCGAAAUCGAUACUCUACCAGAAACCGCAACUCAAAUACAAAUAGAAGUACAACCGGAAUCUCAAGUGAAAGUUGUAACUCAACCGCAACCCGAAAUAGAAGAGAUAGAUGUAGAAGAAAAUGCGGAUGUAGAAGAAAUAGAAGUUGAAGUAGUACAAACUCCCGAAGAAGAUGAAAAGGAACAGGAGAUAGAAAUUCAGAAGAAUAAAGAAAAUGAAAGCAAGGAUAACGCUGCAAAACAAAAAACUGUAGAUGAUGAUUUAAUAUUGGUCGAACAACCUGUGGAGUUAAUAGUCAUCGAAGAAGACGAUGAUAAUAAUAAAGCUGAAAAACAAUUUAAUGUUACAAAUAACAUGAAAAUCUUAAUACAAGAAAUUAAAAAAUAUCCCGAACUUUAUGAUAGUGAAAAUUUAGCAUUUAAAGAUUAUUCUAGAAAAAGUUAUAUAUGGAAUGCUAUAGCGGUAAAUGUAUCAGAUAAGGCCACCAAAUUAAUGAAAUGUUGGAUUAUUAUGCAAACCCGUUACGAAUGGGAGUUGUGCCAAGCGAAACAACAAUCUAAUUAUACAACAAAGUAUACACCUUCUACAGAAUUACAGGUUGAAUUAGAAUUCUUAAAAGACUAUAUUCUUAAUAAUCCUGAUACGGUCUAUAAGCAAUCAUUUUAUUUAAAGAACGCUUGGUAUGAUCCUAUUGAUUAUUUUAAGGAUAUUUAUAAUUUAAUUGUUCGCAUGAAGAAAAUGUCCGAUAUUGUUUAUAUAACCGAUGCGCAAUUAAAGUCAACGGAAAAAACUAAAUCAUAUCUAACGCUUUGGAACGAGAUAGCUAAUUUGAAAGGUUGCUCCGCUGGACAGUGCGAAACUACAUGGCUUAUAAUGCGUUAUUUCUAUUGGGAACUCAUGAAUAUGCGUCAACAUAAUUAUCAACUUACCGAUAAAUGGUAUUUUGAAACUAUCAUUACAGAACUUUAUGCCAUCUCCAAAGCAGCUCAAGCUUCAAAACAACAGGAGCUACAACUUCUUAAACAAAAUAAACCCACGAAAAAGCCCACUAAACGUUCUGCUCAAACGCCAGCCACAACGCUAGGAGCACCAAGUACUACACGACCCGCCAUAACGGCAACAUCAACAAUGUCAAUGACGCCCACCAUCAUCAAUAAUCUUCAUAGUGUGCCAGCAACGAAUUCUACACAGACCACACAAUCGUCAAACAUGCAACCGAUUUCUUUUCCCAAAAUAACGGCAGCCAUAAGUCUAGCACCACAAUCUCUAAAUACCGGAGCCGGAACCUUGCAAAUAAAACCCAUACCAGGCCCACCAAAUUUAUCACCAGCUCCACACCAGAUAUACAAUGGCAUCACUGCUGCUGUUCCUGUUUCUGUAGCGCCAACAUCAGCUAUGCCCGCAAUUGUACAGCAAACACAAAUUCCCAUGUCAUUUAAUUUACCAGCUCAAACAAAGGUCACAACAGUGUCCAUGCCACAGCUUAUCAGACCUUUGACAUCCAAUACCACCACUGCACAAUCAAUUAUAAGAACAACUCCUCAAAUUACCGUUAGACCUAAAACCGUCAUUAGACCUGCUGCUCCAAACAUAAUGCCACCAAAAAUCCACAUAGCACCAUUGACCAACUUAACAACUCCAACUAAUAAUACGUCUAUAAUAAGACCACAAAUUCCCGCCAACAUACAACCAUUAACACCACUUAACAAUAGUAAUACUAUUAUCAGCACUGCUGCUGUUCCCCUACCAACACCUGGUACCUCUUCCAUCUCAUCAUUGAAAAUAACAACAGUACCUAUAAAAAAUCUAAUGCCUGCUACUAAUACAACUGUGGCAGCAACAACUAUUCCAGCAACUUCAUCCACUGUCAUGACUACCGCUAACAAUCAAAAACUACCAAAAAUUUCCAAUGCCAUCUCUUUGCUCAAUCCCAAUGAAAUUCUUAUUGAACUUAUCGCCUCACAAAAUGGCAAUCAAUUGGUGGUACAUGGUCCGCCCCUAAGUGCCAGAUAUCAAUUGUCUAUGCCAACGGUUGCAAAGUUUAUACGUGAGGUUUUGGCCAUACCAUUGUUGCACAAUAAACGUUGUAAUCAACCCAGUGUAAUAAAUAAUUAUUGGGAUCAUAUCGGUCGUAAAUUCAAUUUACCAGUUCACAUUUGUCGUGCCUGUUGGAACUUUUUAUUGGAAAACUUUAAUCAUUUUCCACAAAUUGCUCCUUUAAAAGAAUUAAUGAGACCUUUUCAAACAUCGUUGAGUGUAUGGGUUGAAUCACAUACGUUAUUUAAGAAAUUUGAUGAACAUUGUGUUUCCAAAGGUUGGCUACAAUACAUGAAACGUUUGCCAGAAGUUGUGGAAUGUUUAAGCGGUUAUCCUGUCCUAUAUCAAGAUGUUACCAAAGAUAAAAACAGUGAAAAAUUUUCCGAUAUGGAAACAUUAUGUGCCUGGCGUACAAUUAGUCUAAGAUUUCCCAAAAUAACUGGCAUUCAAGAAAUAUGGGCUUCCAUUAAAACUUGUUUCUGUCAAUACAUGACAGAUUUAGAAUUUGGCAUAGAUAAUAAAUGGCCUAUUAAUUGGUGGAGAGCUUUGGCCAGAUUGAAAUUCUUAGUAGAAGCCAGAUAUACAUCAAAUGAACCAUUCUAUUAUAUAGUGAGCAAUAAAAUGGUGGAGGAAAUUGAAAGAUGUGCCAUGUUAGAAAUGAAAAAUAGAUAUAAAAAUGAUAAUGCUUCAAAAACUGAAAUUGAGAAAUUGAGUAUUGAAUUGGAAGAGGCUGUAACAAAAACAAAUGAUGUCAUGGCUUCAUUUCCUAAUGGCAAAAAAGAAGUUGAACUGGGUUCCUUAAUAACAGCCAUACAAAAACAUCCUGUUAUAUUAGGUAAAGCAGACAAUGUGGUUAAAUAUGAAGCGUGGAAAAAAGUAGCCAAGGAAUUGCGUAUGGAAGUAACCGACUGUCUGUUAGCAUUUAAACAUGCCACACAAAUGUAUUAUGCCUACAAGAAACAAGAUCCCGUCAGUCGUUGUCGUAUUAAUGAAAGAUAUUACAAAAAAUUUGAUGAAAUCGUACGCAAUCUACAACAAAAUAAAACAUCAUCGUCAUCAUCAUUUUCAACAUCUGCUUCAACAUCUAGCCGUUGUAAAUUAAAUAUAAAAACUCCCUUUGAAUUAAAUCACAGUCUAGAAUCGGAAAAAACCUCGAAUUCAAGUGAUUCAGAAUUAGUAUUUCCUGAGCGUUAUAUCAGUGAUAUUAGUAUGUCAAAUAGUCCUAGUACAUUAGUGGUUAAAAAUUGGGUUUAUGCCAUCGGUAAUUUAGGUGCCCAGUUUAACGAGAAUCAUCAUGUGAAAUUGAAAUCAAUUUUAAACAAAUAUUUACCUCAUGUUAAAUGGGGAAAUGUAGGUGAAUAGAUUAUUUUUUAUUUAAAUAUUAUUAAGAUUCAUUGUAAUUAUGUUUUUAACUUGUUUCUCUUUAACAUCUUCAUUGUUGUUAUCAAAAUCUUUACUUUUUGGUAUUGAUAUUAUUUUUGUUUUGAAAAAACUCCUUUUUUGUAGUUUUAAGUUCAUAUCAAAGGAUAUUUCAAUGACAUUUCAAGAAAUUUAUAGAAUAAAAUCUAUGAACAAUAAGAAAAUAAACACACUUAUUUUUAAAUUUG